CCGUGCUAAAACUAACGAUACUAGAUAACAAAUCCGGCUGCAGCCAGCAGAAGUGCUUUAUUGAAAUCAUGGCGUAUGCGUUGGAGACAGCUAUUGUUGAACUGCGCACAGCUUCACUUACAGUAGUCUGGACAAAAAAAUACAUAACCUACGAUAUAACUGCGUUAGCUAGGCUAGCUACAUGGUUCCGUAUUGAGAUCAGUGUGUGUAUGCUAACGUUGUGUAGUUAGCUGUUAGCUUAGGUAACUAACUGCAUAACGUUAGCACACACAGCAAUCUCACCUGUCCAGAGUGUGUAAUGAUCAAGUCAAACAGUUAACUAAGUUAGCCUAGGUUACCUGCGGUGUAACAUAAACAUAACGUUAUAUCGAUUAUGUUUUAGCGUUGUUGUUUUCUAGUGUACGUCACGGGAUCCGUUUACUUUCAAAAGUGGGCAGGUCGGCCGUCCGGUACCGUCGGUUCUGAGAUUAAACAUCCAUCGGAGAGAAAUAUAACUAUUAUAGGAGGACGAUCAGCACCCAGUAACGUUUAGCUGUAGUUACUGGUGUUUGACUUGUAACGCCUCUCAUAACGCUGUUAGACUGAAUCUUGCAUCAGUGCUCGGAAUUUCAGACUGCCAGACAGGACGAUAGCCAUAUCACUGCGAUAUAAAGAAUGAGGGAAAGUCCCAGGAGGCCCCUGAUCCUUAAGAGGAGGAAACUACCCUUUCAGAGAAGUGGACAUGAUGAGGAGACUGAUGGGCCUCAGUCCAAGACUGCCUCGACUGCGAGCGCUCAGUCCUUUCCUCAUGGCAUCUGUAUUAUGGACCAUCCUACAAAACCUGACACACAGGUAGUCGUCAUACCCAAGACUGCAGAUCUUCAAAGUCUCAUCGGGGCGCUGACUGCCAAAGGGAAGGAAUGUGGCCCUCAGGGGCCAAACAAGUUCAUUUUACUGAGUGGCAGUAGUAGUCUGGAGGAUGGAGUCUGUCCUUUCUUCAGUGCCUCUUCAGAGACACAGUCUAGAGCAACUUCAAGUAGACCAGAAGGAUGUGCUAAAGAAGACUUGCUGGAAAACAGAAAACCCUUGAAAAAGGAAGCAAACUGCAGUCUACUAGAAAACAGCUUGACAAGCAUCCAGUGGCUAGGAGAAAUGAGCACAGAUGUUCUUGGAUCUGAGCCUGCAAAGACAUCAUCUGAAAAUCUUCAACAGCCAGUGCAAGCUAAAGAGGAAAUGGAUGCAGUUAAGAUCCCUCUGUCAGAAAGGCCACCUUACUCCUACAUGGCCAUGAUACAGUUUGCUAUAAACAGCAAGAAAUCUAGGAAGAUGACACUGAAGGAAAUAUAUAACUGGAUAGAGAGCCACUUCCCUUACUAUCGAAAUGUGGCCAAACCGGGAUGGAAGAAUUCUAUUCGGCAUAAUCUCUCUCUUCAUGACAUGUUUGUGCGAGAGAGCACACCAGAUGGCAAGAUAUCCUUCUGGACCAUUAGACCAGAGGCUAACCGUUGUCUUACUUUAGAUCAAGUUUUUAAGCCUGUGGACCUACCAGCCCUCGGUUACACACAAACUGCACAGGUCUGUAACCAACAACAACAGAAGCGAGCUAUGGCUGAGCAGAAGAAAGUUAUACUACCUAGUAGCACAGAGAGGAAGAUGAAGCCUCUCCUGCCACGUACAGACUCAUACCUGGUCCCCAUCCAGCUUCCUCUGACUCCCUCUCUCAUAUUACCCUCCUCUGCCCCAUUUCCUGUCUCCACCACUCAGAACAGCUACAUGUCCUCCACUCCUAGUGACACAGGAGGAGGAAAGAGGAUCCGCAUAGCCCCCAAGGUUCCGUUGGGUGGUUCCAGCUCAGUGAAGGCAUGCAACCCUGGCCCAACCGAGAUAAAGGAAGAGCCUGUGUGUGUCCCUGUCAGCUCCGAACCCCCUAAGGCUCCUCCAGACAGUGGCAGACGAAGAGAGUCCAGCAGCUCUCGCCGCAAACAGAGCAUGGUUUUGCCUUCCAAUGAGGAGCAUGUCCUGCUCCUCCCUAACAGCACUUUCUUUGAUUCAGGUGUGGUUUCAGACAACUCCACCUGCCAGGACACACGUGAUACUGAACCAGAGCUCCAAAAGCUUCAGCAUGACCUGCAACCUGAAAGCCCGAGUCAGGGUUACACUUUUAAAACUCCCAUCAAAAGCAGCCACCUGGCGUCCUCCACACCCAGCAAGCCACAAACAUCUCUAGAACCUUGGAGAAUUACGCCUCUGGGCAAAAGCAGCAACAGCAUGCUGGACUUCAGCCCCAUCCGCACUCCCAACGGACCACUUCUCACCCCACAUCGGCACGAGCACAUGACCUUCAGUUUGAACAGCACCCCCUUUAAGGAGCUGCCACUUUUCAGUUCUCCCCGUGAGCUUCUUACCUGCAGCCGCUCCUCGCCGCUCCGUAACAUGCCAAGCUGCUCCCGCCAGCUGCAAGUGGGGGCUGCCAACUGCUCUCUGACUGAGGGGCUGGUGCUGGACACCAUGAAUGACAGUCUGAGUAAGAUCCUGGUAGACAUUAGCUUCUCUGGCCUGGAGGAUGACGACCUAGGCAUGGCCAAUAUCAGCUGGUCCCAGUUCAUUCCUGAGUUGAAAUAAUGUCACCCUUACUGCCUUAACUUUUUUCUUUUUACGUAAGCUGCUUUUACUUAAAUCAUCACCUUCAAGCUACAAUUUUCAUCUGCCUUCAGUUUUCUUACUUCUGAUGUGACCUUUAUAUAUGUAAAUACUUGUCUUACAAAUUUUAUAUUAUUAUUUUAUUAGAUUUUUUAAAAAUCUGAUUGGCGUUAGUUUUUUUCUGGGUAAUUGUAACUUGGUAACUGUUUGAAAAUCCCAAAAAGGGUUAUUUCGAGCAUUUGCCAUAAAAGAACUAAGUGUCGUUUUAAAAAUCAGCAAUUUCAUUUCAUUUUCUGCUCUAUCCCUGUUUUGGGAAGAGGAUUAGAGACUCCUAAAGGACCCUUUAGUUAAUGUUUUUUUUUUAACUGGGGUAUUCGCAGAACCAAACAGUCAUUCUGUAACAUAAACAUAAAAAUAACUUUUGUCAGAGAUCUUUAUUUUUUGUUUGUAUGUAUUUUACAUGUCCUUUUGUCUUCCCAAUCUAAUGUUUCAUGCUGCUUCUAAAAGGUGGAAAGGAGGGGUGGGUAAGUGAAACUGUUGAAGGAAUGUACUUAGAAAUAAAUGUGCACAGUUUGUUACAUAUGUAAAGUAAGUUUCUAAUGUGAGUUUUACACAUGUAAAUAUAAUAUACUUCUUUUUGUGUAAUUUGUGUAAAUCCAAUAAAGGUGCCAAAUGGGUUAUUUGGA